AUGGCUGAAUUGUUUGUUCCAAAGAUAAUAGAUGAAUUGGGUGAUGUUGUCGUGAACCAGCUCGGGGAGAAGAUUAACCUGGUGAUGGGGGUUGAAGAGGAGGUGGCAAAUAUCAAAAGAAAGUUAGAAACGAUUCAAAAUGCGCUGCAUGAUGCAGAGAGACGAAGGCAGAAGGAGAAACCGGUCGCAAAGUGGCUAGAAGAGCUUGAAGACAUAACAUAUGAGAUGGAUGAUGUCCUGGACGAAUGGAACAUCAAGAUUCAGAAACCAAAAUAUGAGGGAACUCAUCAGAAGCAGCCUACAUUGCGGAACAAGGUUCGUUCCUUUAUCCCAUCCUGUUGUUCAUGUCUUAAACAACUUCCUGUGCGUAGUGAUAUUGCUUCGAAGAUAAAGAAAAUAAAUGGAAAGCUAGAAUUAACUUUGGAAAAGGCGCGCCAGUUCGAAUUUUUUUCAAGUGGGGGGAUUCCUGAUUCUCAAGAUUUUCAGCGAAUUAUGACUACCUCAAUCAUAGAUGAAUCAGGGAUCUAUGGUCGAGAAUCUGAUAAGGAUGCUUUACUUGACCAAGUAUUGUCUGAGACUAGUAGUAGUCAAGGAAGAGAUGGAGUUCAAAUUAUCUCUGUAGUAGGGGCCGGGGGUAGUGGAAAGACCACACUUGCCCAGCUGCUCUUCAAUAAUGAUGAAGUGAAGAAUCACUUUGAUUUUAGAAAUUGGAUCUGCGUAUCGGAUCCUUUCGACCAAAAAAGGAUCGCAAAAGCUAUCCUUGAGAGUGCCGGAAGAGGUUCUCAUUUCAUGUUAGAGUUGGAUUCGUUGAUCCGACUUAUAAAAGAAACUUUUUCUGGUAAGAGAUUCCUGCUUGUCCUAGAUGAUGUCUGGACAGAGGAUGACUCAAAGUGGAAACCUUUCCAAGACUCUCUCAAGGAUGGGGCUCCCGGAAGUGUAAUAUUGGUGACAACAAGGAGUCAUAGAGUGGCCACAGUGGUGGGAACAACUCAUACUCACCAAAUGAGCCGAAUGUCUGACUCUGAUUGUUGGCUAAUAAUGCAAAGGAUAGCAUUUGCUAGAAAAUCAGGGGACUUAUGCAAGAAAGUGGAAAGAAUUGGGUUAAAAAUUGCAGAAAAAUGCAAAGGGUUGCCACUUGCUGCAAAGACUAUGGGAAGCCUGUUACGGUUCAAAGAUACCGUACAACAAUGGCAGAAUGUUUUGGACAGUGAGAUAUGGCAAUUGAAGGAAGCAGCUGUGAGCCUUUUUCCUCAUUUGUACUUAAGUUACAAUGAAUUACCCCCAGAGCUGAAACGUUGCUUCUCAUAUUGUGCUGUCUUUCCCAAAGAUUUUGAGAUAAAUGUAGAAGAGCUUAUUAGGCUGUGGAUAGCACAAGGUUAUGUUCGUCCAAAUCGAAGAGGUGAGCGCUUGGAGCUGGUGGGCCUUGAGUACUUCAACAAUUUGGCAAUGCGUUCCUUUUUUCAAGAAUUACAAGAAGUUGAGGGGUACUAUGGGUUUCAUGAAUAUAUGAAGUGCAAGAUGCAUGACAUAGUGCAUGAUUUUGCACAAUUUCUCACAAAAAAUGAAUGUCAUGUACUUCAUGGAAUUGAUUAUGAACAAGGCACUGGAAGAAAUUUAUCGACUGAAAGAGCCCGUCAUCUAACAUGGCUAGGCACUGAGAGGGCGUUUAGUUCUCUAGUCAUUGAUUUUGGAAGGCUCAGGAGCUUUUUCGCUUUUUCACAUGGAAGAGUAGCUCCCCAAGGCUCAGCACGUCAUCUGUUUUGUAGUUUGAAUUGUGUGAGGACUCUGACUUUAAGUUGUUGUGGGCUACAUGAAGUUCCAGCCGAGAUUGGAAGUUUGAAUCAUCUCCGGCACUUGGACUUAAGUUGGAAUCUUUUUGAGACACUGCCAGAAGCUGUAUGUGAUCUAUAUUAUUUGGAAACUUUUGAUAUCAGUAACUGUGGAGAUCUUUCGUGCCUUCCCCAAAGGAUUGAAGGCCUUGUACACUUGAGGCACCUUUUCAAUCUUGGGACUCUUAAAUUACUUCAAAUUCCACAAGGACUCGGGAAGCUGACUUCACUUUGUACGUUGACUCAGUUCAACGCCAGGAGCAACUCUGAUGAUUUGGCAAUUCUGAAGUACCUGAACCAACUGGAAAGAUUGCGCAUUGAUAUUUAUGGAGAAGUAGAUUUUGGGAGUGCAGAACUUGGAAAGAAAAUUUACCUGCAUGAAAUGUAUUUGUGGUUUAACCCUGGAGUCCACUUUAUGGAAACUCCAAGUUGCAUUGAAAGAAUGGAAUUGCCUCCAAACUUGCAACAACUUGUGCUAGAUAUGUAUCCAGGAAACCAGUUACCAAGUUGGCUUGUGACGAAGUCUCUCGUCAAUAACUUGACGAAGCUAAUUAUCAAUGGGCCGUGCAAUGUCUCAUCCUUGACUGACUUGUGGAAGCUGUCGUCCCUAGAAGAGCUUAGGCUCAUUAGAGUGGAAAAGCUGGAAUGCUUGGGCAAGGAAUUCUUUGGAAUCAUAAUAGCACUGCAUGAGAAUAGUCAUAAUAACUUUGGUACAUUGUCAAACUCCGAGACAUCAUCUUCAGCUGAAGCAGCAGCAUUUCCCAAUUUGAGAAAAUUACAUUUUCAAUGCUGCCCAAAUUGGACAAAUUGGGAAGACUUAAGUGAAGAUAAUGAAAAAGUUGCUCUCUCUAUAAUGCCACACUUGGAGGAGCUACAUAUUGAAUACUGUCAAAAGUUUGAAGCUUUGCCACAUCGCAUCCUUGAAAAGAUAUCAUCUUUCAAAAGUUUGAAAGUUCUGGGUUGUAACAAGUUGAGGGAUUGUUACUCCGAUAAAAUAGGAGACGAUUGGAUGAAAAUAUCGCACAUUUCUCAAGUUGACAUAUCCUAA